AUGUCUUUAUUGGACAACGCCGUCCCCCAGGAUGAGCAGCUUCGCGACAGAGCGCGUAUUUUCGAAAAAUUCCUCGAGUCUGACUCUGUUUUGUAUAACUACAAAGACGAAAUCCACCGACUACUUCGCCUUGACCAAACGCGUCUCCUCGUGAACAUCGACGACCUUCGCGACUUUGACCGUGAUUCGGCAAAUGGCCUCUUGAAAAACCCUGCAGAUUAUCUUCCAGCCUUCGAAUCUGCUCUUACACAGGUCAUUCAACAUGUUUACGACCCAGAAAAACACGAUAUCGCGUCAAAGACUUAUCAUGUUGGCUUCACUGGUUCUUUCGGGGACCAUCACGUCAGUCCACGUACCCUUCACGCCGCUCAUCUAGGAAAGAUGAUUUCACUGGAAGGAAUCAUCACUCGUUGUUCUCUUGUACGCCCCAAGAUGCUCAAAUCUGUACACUAUUGUCCAGAGACCAGCAUAUUCUACUCGCGCGAAUAUCGCGAUGCCACGUCUUCCUCUUCUAAUCUACCACCCACAACAUCGCUUCUACCGCAGACGGAUGAUGAUGGACAUCCCUUACAAACAGAAUACGGCUUUUGCCAUUUCCAAGAUCAUCAGAGAAUUAGCAUUCAAGAAAUGCCGGAACGCGCUCCCGCUGGUCAACUACCACGAAGCACGGACAUCAUUUUGGACGAUGACUUGGUCGAUAAAUGUAAACCCGGAGAUCGUAUUCAGCUUGUUGGAGUAUAUCGUAGCGUUGGAGGUGGUUCGAGCGGUGCUUUCAAGUCCUUAAUAUUAGCAAACAACAUCAACCUGUUGUCUUCCAAAAUUGGAGGUGGCAUAGCGCAAACUCCUCUCACAGACACAGACAUUCGUAACAUUAAUCAACUUGCAAAGCGAAAAGACAUUUUCAACCUACUCUCCGAAUCUUUAGCUCCUUCGAUCUUUGGCCAUGAACAUAUCAAACGUGCGAUUUUACUUCUUCUUCUUGGAGGAGCAGAGAAGAAUUUGCCUAAUGGUACGCACAUCCGUGGCGACAUCAAUCUUCUCAUGGUCGGUGAUCCCUCCACUGCGAAAUCACAACUCCUUCGUUUUGUCCUCGGGACUGCCCCUCUGGCUAUUGCGACCACAGGUCGUGGAAGCUCGGGUGUUGGUCUGACGGCUGCCGUCACAAGCGAUAAAGAGACAGGAGAACGUCGAUUGGAAGCGGGGGCCAUGGUCUUGGCCGAUCGAGGUGUCGUUUGUAUCGAUGAAUUCGACAAGAUGUCGGACGUCGAUCGUGUUGCCAUUCACGAAGUUAUGGAACAGCAGACAGUUACCAUUGCGAAAGCUGGGAUUCAUACCAGUUUAAAUGCUCGCUGUAGUGUCGUUGCGGCGGCAAAUCCAAUUUACGGCCAGUACGACAUUCACAAAGAUCCUCACAAGAAUAUUGCUUUACCAGACUCCCUUUUGUCCCGUUUUGAUCUCCUCUUCAUUGUCACAGACGACGUGGAAGAAAAGCGCGAUAGAACUAUUGCGGACCAUGUUCUUCGGAUGCAUCGAUACCUAGCUCCUGGCCUAGAAGAAGGUACACCUAUUCAUGAUAACCUUUCUCAGCCAUUAUCGGUCGAAGGCCCAGGGUCUAAUCUCGACGCCGAGGCCGUUGAAACCAGUCCCUUCGAGAAAUAUGAUCCUCUUUUACACAUGGGUAUGCAGCAGUCGGGACGACAGACUCGGCAAAACAAGCCCAAGAAGAUGGAGGUCUUGAGCAUUGCCUUCGUUAAGAAGUAUAUUCAAUACGCGAAGAGUAGAACUGCUCCUGUGUUGACUAAAGGUGCGGCUGAUUACAUCGUGGAGGUUUAUGCGAACUUGCGGAAUGAAGGAAUGGAAGGGAAUAAGAAAAAGACUUCACCGUUGACUGCCCGUACACUCGAGACCCUCAUUCGUCUUUCAACUGCGCAUGCCAAAGCACGCCUCUCUGCCAAGGUUGAACAACGGGAUGCCAAACAAGCUGAAGAGAUCAUGCGAUUUGCCCUGUUCAGAGAAGUGCCCAAGAGACAACGCAGGAAGAAGCGAAAGCUUAAUAAUGGUGCCGCUGCGCUCAAAGGGUCUGCUGAUGGAAGCGACGACGGAGAAACGGAUGAGAGUGAAGACGAGGAAGAGCCCGUAUCCGCGGAACGAAUGACCAGUCCUACUACCCCUCGAUCGAGAUCCGCCGCGCCGCCCACAGCGCAACCUCCAGAUGACCCUAUCUGGGGAGACGAUAGCCAGGAUGUGUCAAUGGCUGUAGACCAUACUGUUCCUGCCAUGCCCUCUGCGCCGGCAGGUGAUGGCACUAUCCGUCCUGAAAGAUUGCAAAUGUUCCGUGCACGCGUCUCCAAGAUCUUUGCUACGCGAUUGCAAGACGAGGAAACCGUUUUCUUGAAAGAUCUUCUCGAAAUGGUCAACGAAGGUAUACCCACGGAGUCUCUGUACGGCACGGCAGAGGCUACGCAAAUUUGUGAACUUAUGGGAGAGCAAGAUGAGUUGAUGAUAAGCGAGGGUAUUGUGUACAAAGUUUAA